UGAAUCGGCAUGACAACAUGGCUGGUGUGAAUGGAAUAUUUAUUAAAACAGAAAGCCCUUUUAUGUCACAUACGGUGUGCUCUCAUGCCACUAGAGUGCUUUCGCUCAUGAACAGACAUCGUCGAGAGAAAGAGAAGCUAUGUGAUGUAGUUUUGAGAGUGGGAAGUCGUGAUAUAACGACACAUCGAGCCGUCCUAGCGGCGUGUUCGCCGUAUUUCUAUGCGAUGUUUUCAGGCGAACUUGCUGAAAGCCGAUCUAGAGUCGUGGCCAUGCAAGACAUACAUCCCGAUAUUAUGGAGAACCUUGUUGAAUUCGCAUACACCGGUAGAAUUAAUAUCAAUGUUGAAAACGUACAAGCACUGUUGGCUACAAGUUCCCUUAUACAAUUUCACGAAGUGGGAGAAUUGUGUUGCAAAUUUCUCGAAACUCAACUCGACCCUUCCAAUUGUCUCGGAAUUCGCAAGUUUGUCGAAGCACACGGUUGUACAAAUUUUCUAGAAUCCGUAGAUCGUUUUGUUUUAGAAAAAUUUAAAGAAGUUGUGAAGUCUGAAGAAUAUAAUUUACUACCGGGUGAGCUGUUGAUAAAAGUGCUUUCCAGCGAUGACUUGAACGUAAAUUUUGAAGAGGAAGUUUAUGAAUCUGUUUUAAAAUGGGUUAGUUUCAAUAUCAGUGAACGUUCAGAAUUGUUGCCUCGUAUUUUAGAGAAUGUACGUCUACCAUUGAUAUCUAAAGAUUAUCUUUUAUCAAAAAUUGACAACGAGCCUUUGGUAAGGUUAAAUAUGGCCUGCCGAGAUCUUCUAGACGAGGCAAAAAAUUAUUAUUUAGUGCCCGAUCGGCGAGCCCAGAUGCGUUGUAAGAGAACAAAACCUCGAAAGUCAACGGUUGGAUGGCUUUUUGCAGUUGGUGGAAAAGAAGCCGGAGAAACUAUAGCGAAUAGUGUUGAAUGUUAUCAGUGAGUAUAUUUUGUAUGUGGUUUUGUGAUAAGGUCUCUGGGCUAUUGUUCUAAUUAUGUAGUUAAUUAAUUCUAAUGACAGAUCUGCUACAAUAAUGUCAUGUGGGAUUCUCAUCAAUGGCAUUAGUGAAUUCUGGAAAAAAUAUUUAAACAUUUAUGUUAUCAGCAUGAAAAAUAUAAGAAUUUCAACAUCUUGAACAGAGGAAUUUCAACAGAAAUUGAAAUAUUAAUAUUGGCCCCAAUGUGAACAUAAACAAUAUCAUAAUUAUACUAAUUAAAAAUAUUAUGAUUAGCAUUUCUAUAGUGUAAUGAUCAAGUUGUAUGCUUACCAAAUUACCUACUUAACCUGGACUAUUUUAACUGUGUUUAUCCUAACCCACCCUGUCUACUUUACCCACAACGUUUGGCAGUUGUUGACUGACUCUUCACAUGAGUCCAUAGCAAGAAUUGAGCCCACAAACUUGGAUGUGAAAAGUGCUUGCUCUGAUGACCCAUUUAAAUUAAGCACGCUUUCUAAAUUCUAAUUAUAAUUUUUGUUCAGUAUGUACUCAAACAAAUGGCAGAGAGCAGCGCCUCUCAACUCUGCUCGUCAGCAGCUUGGCGUGGGUGUCAUUAGUGGCUCUCUUUAUGCGGUUGGAGGGUCAGAUGGAUACUCCAGAUUGAACAGUGUUGAGCGUUAUGAUCGCGAGCUGGAUAGAUGGACAUACACCAAGUCUCUAAACACCUCGCGUUCUGGUGUCGGUGUGGGUACACUGGGGGACGCUCUGUAUGCCCUGGGGGGUUAUGAUGGUCGGACGUGUCUAAAGACAGUGGAGCGGUAUGACCCCCAGGUUGAUUGUUGGAGUUGUGUUGCUUCGUUGAACGUAACACGAAGUUUCCCAGGUGCGUUACAGUUUUUCAUUUCAUUAAAGUGCUUUCGAAACAACAUUUUGUAUGGCUUUGUACGGCACAGACUGUUCGAGAUUAAAUCACAGAUAUAUACAUUAUAUGCAUCAGUGUAUGUACCUCUUAGUGUGCCUAUUUUUAUAUUUGUAAUGGUUAUUUUAGGUGUUGCAGAGUUGGGCAACAGUCUAUUUGUGAUUGGUGGAAAUGACGGCACAUCAUUCUUGAAUUCCUGUGAACAUUAUGAUCCUCUCACAAACAGAUGGUCGUAUGUUCCACCCAUGAGCCGACCUCGCGCUGGUGUUGGUGCUGCUGUUGUUGAUGGUAUUUUGUAUGUUGCAGGUAUGUCUAACCAUAAUACCAUUGUUAGAUACAAUAUCUUUGGAUUGAGAGGAAUCAUGCAACCGCCUGAAAAAUGCAAGUCAAUCCCUCUCGAUCAAUCCAAGAUUUUCUGGUGUUACUAUUAUCACUCCUAUGCCGGGACAAACCAUUCGAGUUUAGCUACACAUAGUUCUAUUUCAGUGAUAUUUCAUUUUUUUACCUGAAGGUGGCUUUGAUGGGAUUUCCAGAUUAAGUUUAGUGGAGAUGUUUGAACCUCGAAUGAAUGCUUGGCAAGAGGUCGCGGCAAUGAACUCUUGUCGGGAUGGGGUAUGUAUGGUAAACUACGGGAGCCAGCUCUAUGCAAUCGGGGGGAUUGAUGGUCCCUCCUACUUGAGUACAGUUGAAAUAUUUGACCCCAAAAAUAACAAAUGGGAGGAGGUAUUGCAGAUGGAGACAUGCCGAGCUGCGGCAGGGGUUGCUGUGUUGCCUGAUGUGUAUGGUAUGUAGUGUACUGUAAGAUAUCCUAGGGGUAUACAAGAUUAUUGUAUCAAACACAAAGAUGCAUCAAUAACCUGGUUUACACUAUCAAAGUUUCUGUGAUCACAACAGGAAUUUUGCAUCGGUAAAUUCUAAGUUUUGAAGGAUUUGUAAGAAAUAUUUGAGGGAACCGAAUCACUGUUAAAAUGCAAAAUUCCUACUGUGAUCACAGAAACUUUGAUAGUGUAAAUCAGGGUUAUAAUUAGUCAUGCUGAAGAAAUAAUAUACAUCACUGCAAAGCACAUGAUAUUGGCCAGCACAAACUAGUCAAGUAUCGUUGUCCCAGAAAACACCAUCCAGUGUUGUUGAUGGAUCAACAAAAUUGGACAAUGCUGGUUCAAACAGGCCUUCAUUAUUCAUUGUGAAUACAAACUACACACAUUGUAAAAAUGUACAUAACUAAACAUAGAGAAUGUACAUAUUAAUUUUGUACUUUUUAAGACUUUAUAAACUUAUAAAUUAUUACCAUUUGCCAAAAAUUAACCACCACCAUAAAGUAUAAAGAUAAAUUUGAAUAAUAGAAAGAAAUAUUCACUUAUUAUAUUGCAACUUCAUUACUUUAUUAUAUUGUGAAAAUGUAUGGAAUUCAGUUCUUAAUUUAGCAUGCAAGAUAACGUGACUUGCAAGACGAUGUUUUUUGAGGAAACAGUAAACCUAACUCUCUGUUAAUUCCCUCAUUAAAUUUCAUAUUAAAUGAAAAUGGUGUUGCACCAGAAGAACAAUCUAGCAAGUCUGUUGACGUGAUAAACAAACAAACUUUAUUCAAACAGGGCUACCAAUACAUAGAAAACAAAACAUAUUAAAUUUGCAGAGAGACUAGAUUAAAAAUUAGAAUUAUAAUUGAUUAAAAUUUGUUAGGACAUCGAAUUUUAAUCCGUUAUAACUAGUAAAAGUUCAUGUUUUGUAUUCUAUGUACCAGUAAUUGGUAGCUUUGUUUGAAUAUAAAUGAUAAUACAUUAUAAUACGUUAUAAUAAGUUAUAGUUCACACACUUCUACAUCUUGACUUUUGAAAAAGGAUUUUUAAUUAUUUUUAUUUCUUAAAAACGAUAUUUCUAAGUUUCCAUCUCCUCCACGCUAUUACCAUGUUCCAAGCUUGAUGAAAACAUGAUAGGCUGACAUUCUAAAGUUCUCAAGUUCAGUAACACACAACAGCCUGACUGAGUGAAACUUGGCACCAUUAUAAUUGCUACUUUUUGACCAGCACUUCCUAGAAAUAUGAUACAAUUAUUGGAAUAACUUUGUACCAACUUUGGGUCUGGAUUAUAUUUUAAAUUCAGUUGGGGAGUUUCACAUUACUUGUUACACUUUAUUGAAUUCCUCACUCAUUCGUGAGCGGAUUUCCCAACGGGCUAUUGUCCAAUUGAUAGGAGAUCCGAGGUACGCUUUAUGGUCGUUUCGUCCCCUUGCCGUUUCGUCCCCUUCACGUUUCGUCUCUAGUUAUUUAUUUAUUUAACUUCGCCAUUAUCAUGCAUGCAUUCAUGGCAGGGUCACCACAACAGUAUAUGUUACCAAUUACUGUGGGCCCUUAGUGCUUUCGUCCCCAACACGGACGUCACCCGAAAAUUGGUAGGACUAAUUUUGGCGGCAUUUUGAAUCAUAGCGCUCGUUUUUGUCCUAUAUGUUGAAGAUUACCACAAACUGACAAAAACACAGUUUUUAAUCCAGUCCUCCCUCGGCGAACUGACGACGUCAGCCAUUGGUCUAGUUUUCCUCAGAUUCAGUUGCAAUUAAAAUAAAGUAAAGUCAAGUGUCACUAUAGUAGUCAAGUUUCGGAAUUUAAAUACAAAAAUGUGUAUUAUCCAGGCAUACAAUCCAAUGAGAUACAAUCUCAAAAAGUAAGAUAUACUAUAUUAAGGAAGUAGGUUAUAGAUAAAACAGUAUCUAGUCUGGGGACGAAACGUGUAGGGGACGAAACUACAAGGGGACGAAACGGCAAGGGGACGAAACGGCAAGGGGACGAAACGGCAAGGGGACGAAACGGCAAGGGGACGAAACGGCAAGGGGACGAAACGGCAAGGGGACGAAAUGACCAGUUACCCGAGGUACCUACGAUUUAACGUCCUUAUCCGAGAAGACGCGAAAGUCUAACCAUUUCCUGAUGUCAAUGUAAAGGUAGCUCUUUCUCCUCAAUUAUUUUAAGAGCUUGAGUAGAGGUCCGAACAAGGAUUGAACCCGGCUCUCCCAGCUUGCAAGCGUGCUGACCACAAGUGCUAGAACACUAACCUUCAAUACUAUCUUGUGCAAACUCGGGUUGAUUUCCAACAAAGUAGACAUGAGGACAUUCUUUUAGUACAAAAGGAUCUUUAUCAUAAUAGGGA